ACGCCACGUCCGACUACCCUCGCUAAACUUGCAUUUUAUUCGUGUUCCCUUCUCUUCACCAAACGAGUUCCAUCAACGCAUUCUCAUCUGUGUCCCGCAGACAUGACUGAAGAAGAUCUACACCCUGAGAAACACAAUCCCCUCCACUUUAAACAGGAGUCGGAGAUGUUGUACAUCAAAGAGGAAGCAGAGCCAGUUGCCCCCUACAUUAAAGAAGAAGAACAGGAAGUGAAAAUCCAUAAGUUUCCAUUGACCGUCAGUGUGAAGAGUGAAGAAGAUGAAGGUCUAAUCGAACAGAGCGGAGCAGCGACACCUUCAAGCGACAGCACAUUUCAGCACCUGACGAUAAAAGAAGAGGGACGAUCGCAACCGGACGGCUUCUUAGCUCAGCUUUCGGACAGUAACGACGUAACGUCACACUCUUCUGACACUGAUACUAAUGAGGAGGAUGUUGACUUUGACCAAAAUGCUCUGAAAUCCUUAAACAGGUCAUCAUUGAAAAUAGAUGCAAAAGAAUGUGCGGGUGGGAAACAGUUUUUCUGCACGCAUUGUGACAAGGGAUUUUCUCGGGGGUCUGGUUUAGACAGGCAUACGCGUAUACACACUGGCGAAAAGCCUUUUGCCUGCACAUAUUGUGGUAAAAGAUUCGCCCAUAAGGGAACUUUAAACGCGCACACAAGAACACACACUGGAGAGAAGCCUUUCCCCUGCACACUUUGCGAUAAAAGAUUUUCUCUGAAACCUCGGUUAAAAAGGCAUCAACGUACACACACUGGAGAAAAGCCUUUUGCCUGCACACGUUGUGAUCAACGAUUCACCCAGAGAGAAAAUUUAAAGAAACACAUAAACACACACACUGGAGUGCAGCCUUAUAUCUGCUCACUUUGCAAGAAAGGGUUUUCUCUGAAGGCACUGUUAGAAAUCCACAUGCGUACACACACUGGAGAAAAGCCUUUUGUCUGUACAGUUUGCGACAAAAGAUUUUCUCAGAAGUCCCAUUUAACAACACAUCAGCGUACACACACUGGAGAGAAGCCUUUCGCCUGCACAGUUUGCGACAAAGGAUUUUCUCGGAAGUGUAAUGUUGUAACGCAUAUGCGUACACACACUGGAGAAAAGCCUUUUGUCUGCACACUUUGCAACAAAGGAUUUUCUCAGAAGUAUAAAUUAACAGUACAUAAGUGUACACCAGUGGUCUCCAAACUAUUCCAAAUAGGGCCGCAGUUGGUGCAGGGUUUUGUUCCAACAAAACAAGACAACACCUUUGCACCAAUCUUGUGUUUUAAAACUGUAAUCAGUUGAUUGCAGUCAGGUGCUACUUGUUUUAGAAGAAACCUCAUUGGUUAAACUGUCUGUGCACGAUCAGUAUGAACAAAAACCAGGACACACAGCGGCCCUUGAGGACCGGUUUGGAGACCCUUGGUGUACACAGACUGGAAAAAGCCUUUUGUCUGCGCAUGUUGUGGUGUAUAUCAACACUUGACGAGUCUAAUCAUAUGAUGUAAUUAAAUCACCUACUAUUGUCUGGGAUAAAAGAAAAUUUUGACUAAGGUCCUGGUCUUUUUCACAACUAGCCAAUUAUCUUGAUUUAUUUAUUUUUUUUAAUUGAGGGAAUUUAGGUGAGGUUGUUUCAUAUCAAACUUGAUCUGUUGAUAUUAGGACUUUUCUGCUAUUUUGAUUGUCAGAUUUGGCUUUUGUGUCAUCUGUUUGUUGCUUUUGUAAACUCUGUUGUAAAGUGAACUUGAUUAUGUUGAAAGGAUAUUAGAAAUAAUAUGUAUUACACUCGUCAACAGUCAAAUUUGAAAUAUUGAUACUAUUUGUAGCUAAAUUGAGGUCAUUGAAUGCAUUGCAAGUGUCAGAAUAAAGAAAUUGUCUCUGCGAGUUCA